GGGUGAUGCUGCUGAGGAUGUAACCAGGGUCUUCUUCAUGUUAGGUAUCCAUAUUUCAGCUAUAUUAAUCUUUUGAAACAAAAAAAAAUGGAUUUCUUAAAUUCAUCUGAUCAAAACUUGACCUCAGAGGAACUGUUAAACAGAAUGCCAGCCAAAAUUCUUGUGUCUCUCACUCUCUCCGGGCUGGCACUGAUGACAACGACCAUCAACUCCCUUGUGAUUGCUGCAAUUAUUGUGACGCGGAAGCUGCACCACCCAGCCAAUUACUUAAUUUGCUCCCUUGCAGUCACAGAUUUCCUUGUAGCUGUCCUGGUGAUGCCCUUCAGUAUUGUGUAUAUUGUGAGAGAGAGCUGGAUCAUGGGACAAGUGGUCUGUGACAUUUGGCUGAGUGUCGAUAUUAUCUGUUGUACCUGCUCCAUUUUGCAUCUCUCAGCUAUAGCUUUGGAUCGAUAUCGGGCAAUCACUGAUGCUGUUGAGUAUGCCAGGAAAAGGACUCCCAAGCACGCUGGCAUUAUGAUUACAAUAGUUUGGGUUAUAUCAGUUUUUAUCUCCAUGCCUCCUCUAUUCUGGAGACACCAAGGAACUAGCCGAAAUGAUGAGUGUGUCAUCAAGCAUGACCACAUUGUUUCCACCAUUUACUCAACAUUUGGAGCUUUCUACAUCCCACUUGUAUUGAUUUUGAUCCUCUACUACAAAAUAUAUAGAGCAGCAAAAACAUUAUACCACAAGAGACAAGCAAGCAGAAUUGCAAAGGAGGAUCUGAAUGGCCAAGUCCUCUUGGAGAGUGGUGAGAAAAACACUAGACUGGUCUCCACACCCUACAUGCUAGAAAAGUCUCUAUCUGAUCCAUCAACAGACUUUGAUAAAAUUCAUAGCACAGUGAAAAGUUCCAGGUGUGAGUUGAAGCAUGAGAAAUCUUGGAGAAGGCAAAAGAUCUCAGGGACAAGAGAACGCAAAGCAGCCACCACCCUGGGAUUAAUCUUGGGUGCAUUUGUGAUAUGUUGGCUUCCUUUUUUUGUAAAAGAAUUGGUUGUUAAUGUUUGUGAAAAAUGUAAAAUUUCUGAAGAAAUGUCCAAUUUUUUGGCAUGGCUUGGUUAUCUCAAUUCCCUUAUAAAUCCACUGAUUUAUACAAUCUUUAAUGAAGACUUUAAGAAAGCAUUCCAAAAACUUAUGCGCUGCCGAUGUUAGUUUAAACAAAGUUUAUCAUUUUAGGGUAGAGUUUUUUUUAUUUUGCAGUAGAGUAACUAAAUGAAUGCUAAAUAAUAUACCAUUAAAAACUUUUAGAGGAAAUAUUAAAACUG